AGGUUUUACGUCAAAAUAUUGCAGUUUGUCGGUUUUCGUCCUGAUUGAAGUAACAUAUGGAGGAUAUCCUUAAUUUUCCUUAACAAUUAGUAGUUUUCGCUUCUCGCUCAAGUGAUUUAGGUGCCACAAUGAUCAGCAAGGGGCGAUCAAUGUUCACCCCCGAAAAGGACAAUCGCAUUCGUAUCAUGAAUGAUCGUAUAAACUUUGUGGAGAAACAUUUUGGGGAAUUAUGUUCGGCAUUUGGUGCAUAUACAAGAAAGCUGGGAAGGUACAGGGAUAAGCACGAUGAAUUGGCUAAAGCAUUUCAAAUGUACUCUGAGGAGGAACCUUUCAAUAAAGGAACCGCAGUGGCGCUGGACAGUCUUACAAAGGCUAUAACCUUUCUAGCUGAUUAUAUGGAUAUGGAGGUCCAACGACUUGAGAGCAAGGUAAUAAAUCAACUGACUCCCUAUGAGAACUAUUGUCGCAGCACUCGGGAAUCAUUGAAAUCAGCGAUUCUUAUACGUGAUAAAGAGUUAGCACGAGAGAAACAGCUCAUGGAAAUUCGAAGUAAAUUCACAGCCAACACCUCAGCUGCUGACUCGGAACUGCUCAAAGUUAAAGUGGAAGUGAAUCGAACAAAUAAGGAUGUGGAAAAUGUUAUGGAAAAUUUCGAAAAGCGUAAAUUGAAAGAUAUUAAAACGAUACUUUUGGAUUUUAUUGCCAUUGAAAUGAAACAGCAUACAAAAGCGUUGGAAAUUCUUACGGCCACAUAUCAGGAUGUUGAUGAUAUUGAUGAAAAAAAGGACUUUCAGGAGUUCAAGCGUGCGCUGAAAUCCAAAUUGAACACAUUUUCUAAAACGAGCCGAAGAGCGCGUUCGCAAUCGUUGGAGAGCUUGGGAAUACCAAGACCUUUACAUUCGAAGAAGUUGGGCCUCUCAAGAAGUCAUCGAAAUCUAGCCCGGGCAGCUGCUGGCAAAGAGAGCGUUGAAUCAGAAAACUCGGAAGCCGACGACGAUGAUGAUGAUGAUGACGACGACGAGGAGGAAAGGCUGCCGCCGCCCGAUCAAGAUUCCGCCUCUGAAACUUCCGAAGAGGAGGACUCUACUCUGGACGAUGGGUGUCCCGGGCCACGUUCGAAACCAGGCAAACUUCUUGCAUUUCAACGAGUUCCCACGUUCAAGACAUUUUGCGAGGGCGUAGAGUAUUCUGCACAGGAACGAAGGGACAUGGAUGCACUGAAGCCGCCACCGCACACCUCCCAUGCCGUCCAGAUCAAUUCAGUGAAUGGAAUCCCGAAGCGACGAUGAGCGCUGCUAGGACUUUGUUGUAUGGUUUCUUUUCAAGUAAAUAAAACACCCGAAAUUCACGUA